AUGCGUUGCUUUUCUACCUCUGCUCCAGCACUCAAGACAAUUAAAAUUGGAUUGAUCCCAGGUGACGGAAUUGGUAGAGAAGUCAUUCCAGCAGGUCAAAAAGUUUUGGAAAGUUUGCCAGCAAAGUACGAUUUGCGAUUUGAAUUUGUCAAUUUAGAUGCUGGAUAUGAAUUGUUUAAAAAAACAGGAACAGCAUUACCAGACAAGACUGUUGAUGUUUUGAAGAAUGAGUGUGAUGGAGCCUUGUUUGGAGCUGUUUCGUCUCCAACUACCAAAGUUGCUGGCUACUCAUCUCCAAUUGUUGCAUUGAGAAAGAAGUUGGGCCUUUAUGCCAAUGUCCGUCCUGUAAAAUCUGUCAAGGGAAUAGGACGCCCCGUUGAUAUGGUCAUUGUUCGUGAGAACACUGAAGAUUUAUAUGUGAAAGAAGAAAAGACUUUCGAAAAAGAAGAUGGAACCAAGGUUGCUGAAGCUAUCAAGAGAAUCACUGAGACUGCGCUGAAAAGAAUUGCAAAGAUGGCAUAUGAUAUAGCAGUUCAAAGACAAGGCAUUAGAGAUGCCUCUUCGUCCAGUGAACAACUUCACAAGUCACCCUCUGUAACGGUUACACACAAGUCGAACGUUUUGUCCCAAUCAGACGGCUUGUUCCGUGAAUCGUGUAGAGAAGUAUACGACGCAAACAAGGACAAGUACAAGGAUGUCGAGUAUAAGGAGCAAAUUGUUGAUUCAAUGGUUUACAAGAUGUUUAGAGACCCCGAGGUUUUCGAUGUAGUUGUUGCACCAAAUUUGUAUGGCGACAUUUUAAGUGACGGUGCUGCGGCUUUGGUAGGAUCGUUGGGUGUUGUCCCAUCAGCCAACGUGGGUGAUUCAUUUGCCAUUGGUGAACCAUGUCAUGGAUCUGCUCCAGAUAUCGAAGGAAAAGGUAUUUCAAAUCCAAUUGCGACAAUAAGAUCGACCGCUUUGAUGUUGGAAUUCAUGGGAUACCCAGAAGCUGCAGCUAAAAUAUAUGAAGCAGUCGAUGCUAACUUAGCUGAAGAUAAAAUUAAAACCCCAGAUUUGGGAGGACAAUCAUCUACAAAUGAGGUUGUUGAAGAUAUCAUCAAAAGGUUUUGA